AUGCACGGCCGGCCGCGGCGCCCGGCCAAGCCUGAAGACGAGGAGGCGGCGUCAGCGAAAGCCGCCAAGCUCCGGGACCUCCAGGCCCAGGUCCUGCACAAUCACCAUGCCCGCACGUACACCAAGGAGGCAAUUGGGCUGAGCUUCAAGUUGCUCGAGAUAAAUCCAGAGGCCUACACCGCAUGGAACUACCGGAAGCUUGCGUUUCAGCACAAUGUGAAGGAGCUUUCUGACCCGGAGGCCAUCAAGUCUGCUGUUGAUGAUGAGCUGAGAGUGGUUGAAGUUGCUUUAAGGCAGAACCCAAAGUCCUAUGGGGCUUGGUAUCACCGGAAGUGGUUGCUAAACCAAAAGCUAGCGCCCGUGGAUUUCAAACGUGAGUUUGGCCUCUUGGAUAAACUGUUGAAGGUGGACGCCAGGAAUUUCCAUGGAUGGAAUUACCGAAGGUUCCUUUCAAGAUUCAUGGGCGUGCCAGAUGAGGAGGAGCUAAAGUAUACCAUGGAUAAAAUCAGUGAGAACUUCAGUAAUUACUCGGCAUGGCAUAAUCGUAGUAUACUUCUGUCCAACCUACUAAUCCAGCAGAGCAAAGGUUUUGAGUCAAAGCAGAAGAUUUUUUCCGAGGAGUUUGAACUUGUUACUCAAGCUCUCUUUACAGAUCCAAGUGACCAAAGUGGAUGGUUCUAUCACCUCUGGCUUUUAGCUCAAACGUCUAGUCCAGAUAACCCCCAGCUGAUUGCUUCAUGGCCUUCUAAUGCUGCAAAGCUCACUUCCUCUUUGAUGAAGGAAAAAGUUGAGCAGCACACACUUUCAUCCAUCUGGUCAAGGACUGUACCCAUUGUUCUUUAUUUUAAUGAGCCUGUCAAAGGAUUAAAUCAAUCAAGUGUUAACUUAAAGUCUGAUUUGGAGUUCAGUAAGGAUAUUCAAUGGAGACCCCUCACAAUGGCAGACUCUGGGUAUUCUAACUGUUGGGCCGCAUAUCUCCAAAUUAGCAAUGAAUGUAGCAGUUUGCAGGAAUAUUCUGUUGAAGUGAACAUACCCUGUUCGGAUGACAUUGUGUCUAGAAGUGGCUCUAACUACAAUAGUCCUGUGCAUUUUACAUUUGACAUUGAACUGAUUAGCAAUGACACAGCCCAGGGUUUAGAUCUGUUUGAUAAGCCAGUUGCCUGGAAUUGCUCAGAAUCCUUCCAGUCUCAUGGAAACCGUGAUCCUAUCCCUGUUGAUCUGCUAAAGAUCACUAGCGCUUUGGUUGAACAGGACUCAAAUUGGCAUUUUGAAAGACUAUCCGAGGAAAUAGAUCUUUUCAGAGAGUUACCUGAUGACAAUAGCAAGUUUGGGAAGUUGACAUUAGCCCGGCUAUUGCUUGCUUGUGCUGCUAUAAAAUCCCGUGGAAGAUCUCUAAUUGAAAGGAAGGGUUACUGUGAAGAGGCUCUGGGGCUCUUCACUGACUUGAUUCACCUGGAUCCAUCUCAUAAGCAGUGCUACGAGGAUGAACGGAGCUUAGUCCUGAUGGAUAAGCUAACAUGUGACAUGGAGACUUUCAUGAAGCACUGUUCAGUUCAGGUUCAACCAAAUUCAGCUCCCCUGAAUCAUGUGCAACUUUGCAGAUUGUCUUUAACACGCAUUGGAUUUGCUGAACGCUUGUUGUGGGUUCAAAUGCUGGACCUAAGCCAUAAUAGUCUUAGAUCAGUCGAAGGUUUGGAGGCUUUGCAGCACCUUGUGUUCUUGAACAUUAGCAACAACCAGAUCAGUAGUUUCACAGCACUUGAACCCCUUACGAAGAUAAUCUCAUUGAAAGUUCUGGAUUUAUCCUUCAACAAGAUUGGAGCUCACUCAAUUGACACAACACGGUAUAUCUGCUCGUCUCCAUUCUCACACAAAAUCGAAGCAAGUGAAGCUUUUGAAGAGUACCAGAAGGUAAAUAUCAACGUGGAGGAAUACUGGGACGCCAUACUGUUCUUUAGAUCUCUGAAGUUGGCACAGCUUGAUAUCAAAGGAAAUGAAAUUGCCAGCAAGGAGAACUUCAGAACUCUUGUCGUGACGCUCAUUCCUUGUCUAAAAUGGUUUGAUGGUGAAGAUGUCAAUUAA